AUGUGCCCAUCUGCAUCAUUGGAGGGGGAGGAGGAGGUGGAGGUGGAGGUGGUGGAGGUGGUGGGGGAAGCAGUGGAGGUGGUGGAGGCGGUGGUGGAGGCCAGCAGGGCAAAGGAAUCAUUGUUGUUGGAGGAGGCAGCAGUGGAGGAGGUGGAGGAGGAGGAGGCCACCAGGGCCAAGGUCCCAUCUGCAUUGGAGGCGGCAGUGGAGGAGGAGGAGGAGGUCAACAAAGCCAAGGUCCCAUCGUUAUUAGUGGUGGUGGUGGUGGAGGUGGUGGUGGCGGCUCAGGGCAGCAAAGCCAAGGUCCCAUCUGUGUUGGUGGGGGUGGAAAGGGGGGAGGAGGAGGAGGAGGAGGAGGUGGCUCAGGCCACCAGGGCCAAGGUCCCAUCAUCAUUAGUGGUGGUGGUGGAGGUGGAGGUGGUGGCUCAGGGCAGCAAAGCCAAGGUCCCAUCUGUAUUGGAGGAGGAGGAGGAGGUGGCUCAGGCCACCAGGGCCAAGGUCCCAUCAUCAUUAGUGGUGGUGGUGGAGGUGGAGGUGGUGGCUCAGGGCAGCAAAGCCAAGGUCCCAUCUGUAUUGGAGGAGGAGGAGGAGGUGGCUCAGGCCACCAGGGCCAAGGUCCCAUCAUUAUUAGUGGUGGAGGUGGUGGAGGAGGAGGAGGUUCAGGACAUCAGGGUCAAGGUCCCAUCUGCAUUGGAGGAGGAGGAGGAGGAGGUGGAGGAGGCGGCUCAGGCCACCAGGGCCAAGGUCCUGUCAUCAUUAGUGGUGGUGGUGGCAGCUCAGGGCAGCAAAGCCAAGGCCCCGUGUGCGUUGGGGGAGGCAGCGGAGGAGGAGGUGGAGGAGGCUCAGGCCACCAGAGCCAAGGUCCCGUUGUCAUCAUCGGUGGUGGAGGUGGAGGAGGAGGCGGAGGGAGCUCCUCCAGCUCCGGAGGAAUGUCCAUGCAGCAGCAGACCCAGCCCAUCUGCUGGCCACCACAGACCAAGCGCAAGUAGAGCCCACCAGAAGGACUCAGACACCGAUGAAACCCAAGAUAUGAAGAUACCUCACAUUUCCUCAUCUAAUAAAUUUAAGAUUAUUUGCAUUAUUCUUUUCUCCCUUCCUCUGGGGACUGGAACCUCUGCUGUUGUGCAUCCAGCCAGGGUUGUCCCUGUUUUUCCACCCCCAUUUUCAAGUGCUUGCAUGAAACAAUAAAACUUGCAGUUCUAGAGA